GCUGCGGAAUAUUCGGCCACCUAUCGGACUCCUUCUUGGGCCGCAAAGGUUCUCUUAUAGUGGGCUGCAUAGUAAACACAAUACUCGGCUGCCUCACCGCCUUCUCCCCUUCCUACACCAUCUACGUCCUCCUCCGCAUUCUCACCGGCCUCUGCACCGGUCCCAUGGGCACCACCGCCUUCCUCCUCGCCACGGAGCCCAUCGGCCCUUCCCGCCGAGCCGCCGCCGGCAUUUCCGUCUUCUACUUCUUCUCCGCCGGCAUCAUCUUCAUCGCCCUCCUGGCCUCCUGCCUCCCCUUCUCCUGGCGCUCCCUCUACUUCGCCUCCUCUCUCCCAACCCUAGCCUUCGUUCUCCUCAUCCUCCCCUUCCUCUCCGAAUCCCCCCGCUGGCACCUCAUCCGCCGCAACCCCGACACCGCUCUGCGCAUCCUCCGCUCCAUCGCCAAAUCCAAUUCCCGCUCCAUUAUCCCCUCUAACGUCACUCUCGCCCUCGACUGCGGAGCUGAAGCUGAAGUCGAAGCCGAAAUAUCUCCGCCAUCCAUCAUCGACGUUAUCCGCUCGCGCGUCACUCGCCCCCGACUAAUCCUCUCCGUCAUCACAAGCUUCUUCUGCUCCGUUGUAUACUACGGCCUGACAUUAAACGCCGCUAACCUAGACACCAACAUUUACCUCAGCGUGAUAAUAAACUCAGUGUCGGAGUUGCCGGCGUUCACCAUCGCGGCCUUCUUGAUUGGGAGGUUCGGCAGGAGGAGACUGACCGUUGGGACGAUGUGGUUGAGCGGGGUGUUCUGUGUGGCGGGGGCAGUGGUGGCGGGGGGAGUGGUGAGGAUGGCUUGUGGGGUGAUGGGAAUAUUUGGGAUAGCUGCAACGUAUAAUUUGCUGUUGGUGUAUACGGCGGAGUUGUUUCCCACGACGGUGAGGAACACAGCGUUGGGAUGUGUGCAGCAGGCGGAGCAGAUUGGGGCGGUGGUGGCGCCGAUGGUGGUGGUGAUGGGGGGAGGGGUGACUUUCUUGGUGUUUGGGGUGUGUGGAGUGGUGGGGGGAGUGCUGGCUUUGUAUAUGCCG